AUGAUCAUCACCGCCGCGUUCCAGUUUGCGAUGGGUUUCCUCGCCUUGCUUCUGAGAUACGGCGAGCGAGGGCGGUUUCAUUACGUGGUGGAGCAAAUCAAGCGACAAGUUAGAAGGGUCGUUUGGGUGUUGACCUGUUUCCACUGCGGUCCUUGCUCGAUGGUCCGGCGCUGCUGCCGACGAGCAGGUGCGAAGGCGACACGCAAGCCCGCAUCCACGGGCGAGUUGCCCUCGCCCACCCGCUCCCAGGGCACAGAGAGUCCAACUCCCACUCCCCGUUUCGGACUGAUCCUGAAGGUGGCCGAGAUCCCGGACUGGUUGGCCAACAACUUUCGGUGGUACUGGUUUCUGCUGGCGGGACAGGCUGGACUGAUGGUUCGUGAGAUCAUGGUGAUUCAGAUGCUCGAUGGAUGGUACUGGGAGGUCUGCGCCGCCAACUUGGCCAUGUGGAUGGUCAUCACUCUCACGGUCCGUCAAGUUUGGCAGUUCUCCAAAGUCAGAAAAAGGUCCCCAAGGGCCGUGGACCAGAUACUGGACAUGCUCCUUCUGCCGAUCAACUACGGAUUCCUGUGCGCCCUCUGCGUUCGCAUCCUCAAGUUGGAGAACACGGACCAAAACCGCACAAUCGUAUCCGCGAUGAUUGACAGUGCCGACAUUUGGGAGUCGUGGGCACUUUGGUCAGUCUUGAAGCUUUUCGUGAAGAUUGUGGAGCACGCGAGCCAGCGAGUGGUUUCCCGGGAGAACAACUUUCGUGAAACCGAACGGCAUCGGCGUUCACCCCCCUCCAGCACCGGCAAGCGGGAGGCUCUGAAGCCGCCUGCACCAGGCAUCAUGCCACGUGUGUCGACUGGCGAAGAGUCCGUAACAGGCUUCAUGCGAUCUGUGUCAAGUGGUGAGGCUUCCGCCACAGGCCUAUUGAGACUCGUGUCGCCUAGCGAGGAGUCUUCGUCAGGCGUCAUGCCAGUCGCGCCGACAGUCGAGACUUCGACAGGCUUGAUGCGAUCCGCGUCAAGUGGCGAGGCGUCCGCCACAGGCGUCUUGCCGCUCGUGCCGACUGGCGAGGAGUCUGCUACAGGCGUCAUGCCACUCGCGCCGACAGUUGAGACUUCUGCCACAGGCCUGAUGCGAUCCGCGUCAAGUGACGAGGCGUCUGCCACAGGCGUCUUGCCUCUCGUGUCGACUGAUGAGGAGUCUUCCACAGGCGUCAUGCCAGUCGCGCGGACAGUCGAUACUUCGACAGGCGAGUCGGGACAGAUGACGUUUGUUGGCUCAUUGUCCUGCAUGCUAACGCUUGAUGCGAUCCGCGUCAAGUGGCGAGGCGUCCGCCACAGGCGUCUUGCCGCUCGUGCCGACUGGCGAGGAGUCUGCUACAGGCGGCUUGGGACAGAUGACGUGUCUUGCCUCUAUGUGCAGACACCCGGGGCAGUGUGCCAGUGGGGAGGCGUCAUGCCACUCGCGCCGACAGUUGAGACUUCUGCCACAGGCCUGAUGCGAUCCGCGUCAAGUGGCGAGGCGUCCGCCACAGGCCCCAUGCCGACUGAGGAGGCCACCGAAGGACUGCUGGAAGCCGGCGAGGAGCUGACACCAGCGCAUGCCAGGAGCGCUGGUGAUCUUCAGCCACCUCGUUCGAGGCAUCAGGCACGGGACGGCAAGGUGGAUCGGCGCAGCGUCAGUUGGCCCAGCCUCCGGCGCACGCAGCCGCGGCAGGGGAGGUGUAGGGACAGGCCCUGCUCCGAGGAGCGCCAGAAGCAGGAGAGAGGCCCGGACCUCGAACAUGAGAGCCUGGCUCCUUGUCGGUCGCGAACGGCUUCCAUCCUGGAAGAGACGGCCGAGCAGCUGGAAGAGGUCCCUGUCACAGAGCCCAACGACGUGCCGGAAAGCUGCCAGGAGCCGCCACCAGUCCCUGCCGUCCAUGUUGCGGAGCAGGCGGAGCACACAGAGGUCACGGCAAAAGAAGGCAGCGAGGCGCCCCACAGCAAUCGGCCCUCGGAGCUGGGAACUCUCUUGGUGGAAGAGGAUGAGCGAAGGAGGGAGAGCCCAGGCCAACCUCCAGAGCACCUCGCGCCCAAGGUGUCGGAGAACCCGCCGAAUGCCCUGCACUCUUUGUUGACGCCUCACAGCGAGUCGAGAGCACCGAGCACUGUGGGCCAGUCAGCCAUGCAGAGGCUGAAGACGCCAUCUCCCUCUGCAGGUCCCCAGCCCGGCGUCCCAGUCUCGGAGGUGCCUUUGCCUUUGGCUGCCGCGGCCGUCGCGGCAGCCGAGGAAGCUUUGGCCACCGUCAAGGAUGCUGGGAAGCAGACGCCUCGAAUGCCAGUUUCGCCUGAUGUGCGACGUCACAUGUCGCUUGGUGUCAUGAACACCACCGGCACCCGCUAUCUGGAGGUGGUCACGGCUUUCAAAAAGCUGAGCCUCUCUGGCGUGCAGGCCUGGGUGUUUAUCCUCUUGGUGACGACCCUCUUGGAAGUCAUCUUUAAGGGCGUCCUGGCCUCUAGCGUGCCGACGCUGUGCUACUGGGUAUACCAGAAGUGCGAAAGCUGCAACGUCUGGUACGACCUGAACUUCUACCCCACAACUCAGGGGAUCAUCUACAUCCUAUGCAGCUUUGCUCUGAUCUUCGUCGUCGCCUUUGAGCGCGUGUUCCAGGAUUACCUCCACGGCAUCCAGCCCUACUGGAAGUUCUGGGGCGUCAAGAUCGUGGUCAGCGUCACCUACUUCCAGUGGCUGCUGUUCAAGUACGGCUUCCGAAUGCACGAGGAAGAGGUGCCUGGCGAACGGGCCUAUCCCCACCCCACAGAGCUCUUCACUUUGGAGGGGUUUAUGUUGCACUGGCUUCACUAA